AUGAAGCUUAAUCUGUGGGGAAAUAUGCUUCCUCUACCCACUUUUCUUCUUUUCUUUUGUUUUGUUUUAUGCAUAUUCCUCUGUUUACCUAACAUCCAAGCCCAGUUUUUAUCCACACCUAGAGCAGGAGAAGGCUUAUUGCUUUUCACCCAGCCAUCCUAUAAUGCUACAAUCUUUGAGAACUCAGCAGUAAGAACCUAUAUCAGAAGUGAGGUGAAAAUGGGCAUCACGCUUGUGCCAUCCUGGCCUUUACACUUGAAAUAUUCAAUUGAGUCUGGAGACACCGAUGGCAUCUUUCAAGCUGAGGACUUUGUAAUGGGAGAUUUUUGUUUUUUACGUAUAAGCACUAAAGGAGGCAACGGUGCCACGCUGAAUCGGGAAGUACAGGACAAUUACACUCUGACAGUCAAGGCAUCUGCCCAUAUUGGUCUGGAGGCCUUGGUCACUAUAUUUAUCAAGGUCUUGGACACAAAUGACCUCCGACCACUCUUUUCUCCAACCUUCUAUUCAUUUGUUGUUUCUGAAAGUGCACCCCUGGGCACCAGCAUUGGACGGGUAACAGCUACAGAUGCUGACAUUGGCUCCAAUGGGGAGUUCUAUUACUUCUUCAAGAACAGAGUAGAGCUCUUUGCCGUUCAUCCAACCAGUGGGGUCAUAACCCUCACAGGUCGACCCAGGAUAGACAAAAGAGAAAAAUUUGAACUGGAGGUGCAGGUGGUUGACAGAGGAAUGAAACUCUAUGGAAGUAAUGGUGUCAGCAGCACUGCUCGGUUAGUCUUAACUGUGGAUAGGAUUAAUGAAUUUGCUCCUGUUCUCAGUGCAGUAGCAGUUACUCCGUCUUUGAUAGACAAGGACCUCAUCUAUGCCGUACUGACUGUCGAGGAUAAAGAUGAGGGGUUAUCUGGGGACAUAGAGUGGGUAUCCAUUAUCGAGGGAGAUCCUUUUGAACAGUUUGUCAUUGAGAGAUUAGCUUUUGGGAAUAAAUAUAGGGUUAAAUCCUCAGAGUUGAUCAACUGGGAAACAUAUCCCUAUGGCUGCAACUUAACUUUCCAGGCCAAAGACAGAGGUAUACCUCCAAAAUUUUCUAAUACCCAAGUUGUUCAGUUAGUGGUUACAAAGCAAGACCCAGUAUUGGCAAACUUUGAAAAAGAUGUUUAUGUAGUUAAGGUGAGUGAAAUAGCUCCCCCAGGCACUAUUGUGGAGGUGGUGAAAAUAUCCCCAGCUCCUCUGAGUGUCAAUUACAGUUUCAGGAGCCUCUCAGAUCCAAUGUACUUUGAUAUAAACCCUUUGACUGGGAUUAUUAUGACCAUAAGGCAGCUGACAAAGAUAUCCCAGGAUUUCAUGGAGAUAGAGGUAGUUGAUUAUGUCAGUCAACAGCAAGCGAGGGUUCAAAUUAACAUAGAAGAUGCAAAUGAUAACUCUCCAGUAUUCAGCAAGCCAUCCUAUGAUAUUGCAAUUAAUGAGAGCUUACCUAUAGGGACUGUUGUUCUUGUGGUGUCUGCUGUGGACAGUGAUAAAGGAGAAAAUGGAUAUGUAACUCACACAAUCAAUGGCGAGGAGUCUAUUCCAUUUAGUAUAGACCAAGACACAGGGGAGCUGACGAUCACAAGAGAUCUGGAUUUUGAGUCCUCAGAGGAUAUUUAUAUUUUUGCAGUGCGAGCUUCUGACUGGGGUUCGCCCUACAGAAGAGAAACAGAGGUUAAUGUUACCAUUCGGGUGGUAAAUAUUAAUGAUAAUAAGCCUGCUUUUGAGAAGGUUUCUUGCAGAGGCAUGAUAAGCCGUGAUUUUCCAGUGAACCAGACCAUUGUUACUUUGUCGGCCAUAGAUAUAGAUGAAGUUGGAAUGGUGAGGUACAAGAUACUGUCUGGGAACGAGUUAGACAAUUUUGAAUUAAAUCCUAAUUCGGGGGCUUUGACACUGAAGAGAUCAUUUGCAUCAGACAGUUUAAAAAAUUCUAUAUUUAACCUGAAAGUGGCUGCAACAGAUGGUGAGAUGUCCUCCGAUCCGACAUUCGUUAAUAUAUCAGUGGUGAGAGGCAGAAUGCCACCCAGUGGGUUCACGUGCAAAGAGACUAGGGUAGCCCAGUUUCUUGCAGAGAAAAUGGUCUCCAAGGCAUCUGCAAUGGCUAAACCAAGAACUGAUGAAAGAUACAUAGACCUUUUCUCUACAAACAAACAAGCUCCACAAUUUGAAGCUCUGCCUACAAGCAUUCUUGUGCGAGAGGAUCUGAGUCCUGGCUCCAGCGUUUUUCAGGUGCGGGCACGAGAUGCUGACAUUGGUUUUAACGGUCGUGUUCUUUUUUCUAUUUAUGAUGGUAACAAAGAGAACAGCUUCAAUAUCAACAUGGAGAGUGGCCUGAUAACUGUUUUGCAACCACUGGAUCGUGAGCGACAGGAUCGCUAUUUUUUGAAUAUUACUAUCUAUGAUCAGGGAAUUCCUCAGAUGUCCAACUGGAGACUGCUGACAGUGAUUAUUGAGGAUGCAAAUGACAAUAAUCCUCAAUUUUAUCAAGACAGUUACUCUGCCAUUGUUUCAGAAAACGCAGACCUCGGCAUGGAAGUAAUUGCAAUUACUGCUUUUGACAGGGACAUAGGCCAGAAUGGACAGUUCUCCUUUAGAAUGCUCACCAGUGUCCCUCAGUUUGGUAUUGACAGUGAAACUGGAAGUGUAUUUGUUGCAAGUCAACUGGACAGAGAAGCACAUCCUGUAUUCAUAUUGAAGGUUGAAGUGAGAGACAAGGCCGAAAGAGGCACCCGGAGGUCAUCAGUAACUACUCUAAGCAUAAUAGUGGAGGACAUCAAUGACUGCUCUCCAGUUUUCAUUCCCAGCAGCUACAUCACCCGAGUACCAGAGGAUCUGCCCUCUGGAACUGUGAUCACUUGGGUGCAGGCUCAGGACCCAGAUGUUGGACCUGGAGGACAAGUCCGAUAUUCAUUGAUCAAUGACUUCAAUGGCACUUUCGAGAUCAGUGCUGUGACUGGCAUGCUGAGGAUAAACAAGGAGCUAGAUUUUGAGACAAAACAGUUCUUUAAUCUAACUGUUGUGGCAGAAGACAGAGGAAUCUUAAGCCUUCGGAGUGUCACAUUUGUAGAGAUUGAGGUCGUGGACGUCAAUGAAAAUUUGUAUGCCCCUUACUUCCUUGACUUUGCUGUGAAAGGUUCAGUAAAGGAGAACUCUCGCACAGGAACAAGUGUCCUGACAGUCAUUGCUAAAGAUGAUGACAGGGGACGAGAUGGCGUCUUGAGAUACUCUGUCCGUGGAGGCAGCGGACUGGGCACUUUUACCAUCGACGAAGACACAGGGGUGAUUUAUACUGCUGGUAACUUGGAUUGUGAGACCAAAAACUCCUACUGGCUCACUGUGUAUGCCACAGACAGAGGGGUUACGCCCAUGUCAGCUUCAGUUGAAGUCUUCAUUCAGGUUGAAGACGUCAAUGACAAUGCUCCACUCACAUCUGAUCCUAUCUACCACCCUGUCGUCAAGGAGAACUCUCCAAAGGAUGUGUCAGUCAUUCGUAUUCAAGCACAGGACCCUGACCUUACAGCAGCACCCACCCGUCUGAGUUACCGCAUCUCUGCAGGGAACCCACAGAAUUUCUUCUCUAUUAACCCCAAAACAGGGCUGAUUACAACCACUUCAAGGAAACUGGACCGAGAACAUCAGGCAGAGCACUUUUUAGAGGUCACCGUAAUCGACGGUCCAGUGACGACCCGCCAGUCCACCGUUUGGGUCAUAGUCCACAUCGAGGAUGAAAACGACAACUCGCCCACCUUCCCCGAGGUCACUUACCGCAUCAGCUUGCCUGAACGGGACCGAAACAAACGGGGUGAACUUGUUUAUCGGGUUUUUGCCUAUGACCGUGACUUGGGCGCAAACGGCAACAUCACUUACAGCAUUAUUGAUGGGAAUGAGGAUGAAAAGUUCAGUAUUGAACCAAGGACUGGUAUGGUGUCCUCAAAGAAGAUGGUCACAGCAGGCAGCUAUGACAUCCUCACUAUAAAAGCUGAGGACAGUGGUAUUCCAUCAUUGUGGUCUACUGUCAAACUCCAUGUUGAAUGGAUUCGCAAACCUGUCCCUUCGCCUAUGCCCCUGCUCUUCACCCAGAGGUCCUAUAAUUUCUCAAUUGCAGAGACAUCUGCUGUUGCUCAGCCGGUGGGAGUGGUGGCUAUCAGCCAGUCAACGACACCUGUCUGGUUUAGUAUUGUUGGCGGCCGGCUUGCCAGAGAAAUGUUCUACAUUCCACAGAAUGAAUGUGGACGAAACUGCUCUCUUGACACAGGGAGCUUUGACAUGCAGUUUGACCUUCAAGUUGGAGUGGGGACCCUUGUUGUGGCCAAGCCAUUGGAUGCAGAAAUUCAGUCUGUGUACAACAUGACAGUACAGGUGACAGAUGGGACCAACUUUGCUACAACACAGGUAUUCAUACGAGUACAAGACAGCAACGACAACCCUCCAGUCUUUUCACAACCGGCAUAUGAUGUCAGUGUUUCUGAGGAUGCACCAUCUGACUUUGAAUUACUUCGACUCAGAGCGUCAGACAUGGACGAACGGGCCCGUUUGAGCUUUUCCAUCUACGGGAGUGUUGACCCCGCGAGUAUGAGACUGUUCAGGGUCAACCCUGGUACAGGGGUAGUUUACACUUCGGACAGACUAGACUAUGAGGCCAGAACUCAGCACAUCCUCACUAUUAUGGUUAAGGAUCAAGAGUUUCCUUUUAAUCGUGACCUGGCUCGCAUCCUUGUAGCAGUGGAGGACACUAAUGAUAAUGUCCCAUACUUUACAAGCACUGUAUAUGAUGCUACAGCCUAUGAGACUUUUCCUAUUGGUACUUCUGUGGUGCAGGUGACAGCACUAGACAAAGACAAUGGAAUUAAUGGUCAAAUCACAUACACAAUUGAAGCAGGCAACACAGGGGGUGUGUUUACCAUAAAUAAUACUACAGGCCUUAUCUUCAUUGCAAAGGACCUGGAUCUCACCUGUCUGGGCUUCUACACCCUCACUGUGCGGGCAAUAGACAAUGGCUUUCCUCCAUUAAUGGCCACUGCUUCGGUCCGUAUUUCCCUGAUGCUCUCCGACUUCUCCAAACCCCAAUUCUCUCAAAAGGAGUAUCAGGCUGAGAUAAUGGAGAAUAGCAAAUUAGGAACAUACGUGACCACUCUCAGUGCCCUCAGCCGCUCACCACUCAUUUAUGACAUUGUCAGGGGUAAUGAGGAGCGCUGCUUCUUUAUUAACCACCACACUGGAGUAAUUACUACCCGCAAACUGCUCGACUUUGAGCAAAUUACAUCCUACUUUCUGAUGGUGCGUGCCUUGAGUAUGGCAGGAGUAGAGGCCAGCACCAGUCUCAUCAUCCAAGUGGUUGAUGUCAACGAUAACCAGCCUGAAUUUCAGAAAAUAAGGUAUAUAGGCACAGUUAGUGAAGCUGCUCCAGUCAACAGUGUUGUCCUCGGAGAGGAUGGUAACCCCUUGGUUAUCCAGGCCACAGAUAAGGAUCGGAAUCAUAAUUCCCUGUUAGUGUUCCAGAUCAUAGAAGAGACCGCUCGUAUGUUUUUCAGUGUGGACUCUGGCACAGGAUCCAUUCGAACCAUUGCCAGUUUGGACUACGAAACCUAUCCAGAGUUCAAUUUUCGGGUUCAUGUUCAAGACAGUGGUCAACCACCUAAGAGUGCUGACAGUCCCGCAGAGGUGAUUAUAAAGGUGAUCAACAUGAAUGACUCACCCCCAAAGUUUUCUCAGGACACUUACGAGACAGUCCUUCUACUGCCAACAUAUGUGGGAGUUGAAGUCUUCCGGGUUGAGGCUUUAGACCCUGAUAUGAUUGGUGACAAAGAAAAAUCUCUCACACCCAAGUUAGCCUAUUCUCUGGUGGAUAACAGUGUGGAAUACUUCACCGUUCAGCGCAAUACUGGAGUUGUGACUAUCACUAAUCCUAACCUCAGCAAAGACCGUUAUCGCUUCAGUGUGAAGGUCUGGGAUGGGCGUUUUUCCAGCAUGGCGUCCAUCACCGUGCUUGUGAGAGAAGCUGUUGACAGUGGCCUGCUCUUCACCCGCCCCAUAUAUUCAGCCUCCAUUCCAGAGAACAAACCUGACAUCACAUUAGUGACAGUUGUAAAUACAGUGGGUCAUCACCUCAACGAGCCACUGAAAUACACUCUGCUAAACCCUGGAGGACGGUUCACAAUACGGCCUACAUGUGGAGUGGUGCUUACCACUGGUGUUCCUUUUGACCGUGAGGAAAUGGGAAGUUAUGAGCUUGUGGUGGAAGUCAGCAGAGAAGAUGAGAUUCUAAGGGUGGCGAGGGUGACUGUGCAAGUACAGGUGGAAGAUCUAAAUGACAACGCUCCAGAGUUUGUGAACCUUCCCUACUAUGCUGCAGUGCAGGUGGAAGCAGAGCCAGGAUCAGCCAUCUUCAUGGUCUCUGCUGUUGAUCGAGACUUUGAUCUGAACGGAGAAGUGACUUACAGCCUGAAGACGCAGCACAGGGACUUUGAGAUGAAUCCGGUGACAGGAGAGCUGGUCUUAAAACGAGCAUUUGAAGCUGACCUGUCAAAUGCAGAAUACAGAUUGAUUAUCAUUGCGACUGAUGGUGGAUUUCCUCGACUGUCCAGCGAAGUGGAGCUGCCUGUUACAGUUGUUAACAAAGCCAUGCCAGUGUUUGACAAGCCGUUCUAUGGUGUAACAGUCAGAGAAGAUGUAGAAGUUUCCACCUCUGUUCUGGGCAUCAAUGCAAGCAGUCCAGAGGGCCAGGACAUCAUCUUCACCAUCUCAGAAGGAGACCCCUCCCUUCAGUUUGACAUAGGCUUUGAUACGGGAAUCAUCAGUGUGAGAUAUCCAUUAGACUACGAGGCCAUGCAGUACUACCGCUUAACAGUGAAAGCUACCGAUACCUUGACAGGGGCAAAGUCUGAGGUGGAUGUAGACAUUGUUGUACUAGAUGUGAAUGACAACCCCCCACUUUUUCAGAACACGUCGUACUCUGCUAUACUAUCUGAGAACUCCAUGGUUGGAACAUCAGUUCUACAGGUCUUUGCACCAGACCAGGACUCAGAGAAGAACGCUGUAGUGACUUACCAGAUCCUGUCUGACAUCUACAACAGCACCGACUACUUCCAAAUUGACAGCAGCAGGGGAUUGAUAUUCACGUCACGCAUGCUUGACUAUGAGCUCAUGCAGCGCCACAACUUCAUUGUCAGGGCGACAGAUAGUGGAGAUCCUGCCCUUAGCACUGAUGUUUGUGUCACUGUGGUUGUAACUGACACAAACGACAACCCCCCUAAUUUCAGCCAAGCGGUGUACGAGGCUUUUGUCAGUGACCUGGCUCCCAGAGGGCACUUUGUGACUUGCCUUCAAGCGUCAGAUGCUGACAUCUGUGAUGCUCAGAGGCUGAGGUAUAGUAUUCUCUCAGGGAAUGAGAAAAUGACUUUCAUGAUGGAGCCAGAUACAGGGGUGCUUCGUCUGUCUAACAAGAGGAGACAAGGCAUGAAACUCUUCUAUCAACUCAAUGUGUCUGUGUCAGAUGGAGUCUUCACCAACACUGCUCAGGUAAUUGUACGUGUCCUGGGAGCCAAUCUGUACAGCCCAGUAUUCAGUCAAAGGUUUUACCUGGCUGAGGUUCUUGAAAAUUCACCUCCAGGAACCAAAGUCAUCCAAGUCUCAGCAAUGGAUGAGGAUUCUGGGCUGAAUGGUCAGAUAACCUACUCGUUCAUCAACGACCUGGGGAAAAUCAAGUUUGGCAUCGAUGCAGACGGGGUCAUAUCCACUCUUCAGAGAUUAGACAGAGAAAAUCCUGUGAACAAAGACAUGGUGCUGACAGUAAUGGCCUUGGAUGGAGGAGGUCGUGCAUCAUUUUGCACCGUGCGAGUGGUCCUGGCAGAUGAAAAUGAUAACGCUCCACAGUUCAGAGCCACAGAGUACCGCAUGAGCAUUAAAGCUAAUGUUGCUAAAGGUUCUCUGGUCACACAGAUUCAGGCCACUGACCCUGAUGCUGGCUCUAAUGGGAGGAUAACUUACUCCCUUUACAGUGAGGCUCGUCUGUCACUCGUUGAUGUGCUGGAGGUGGAGCCAGACAGUGGUUGGAUGAUGACUAAAAGUGCAGUUGACCAUCUUCAAGGAACUGUCCUGUCCUUCUUCGUCAAAGCCACGGACUGCGGCGCUGCUCCCAAACACUCCCUGGUGUCAGCCUUUAUUCAAGUCGUCCCCCCAGAUUCAUUCAUCCCCUCGUUCAGCCAGCCUCAGUAUUCCUUUACCAUCCCUGAGGAUACUGCAGUAGGAACAGUGCUGGGCUCUGUUUACACAGGCCCUGGCCAGACGGGGUUCUUCACUGCUGUCCCUGGGGAGACAAUCGACAGCAACCAGGGAGAAACCUUCCUAGUGGAGAAAGAGACGGGUCUCAUCCGGCUGCUGAAGCCAUUGGACUAUGAGGAAGUCAGCAGCUUCAGGUUUAAGGUUGCAGCAACUGCAAGAAAAGACUUGAUAGAGACCAUAUCAACCGUGGACUUGGAAGUGAAGAUUCUAGAUGUAAAUGACAACAAGCCAGAGUUUGAAACCAGUACGUAUGUAGCCACAGUGAUGGAAGGUAUGCCUUCAGGGACAAGAGUAAUUCAAGUCCGUGCUCUUGAUCCAGACUGGGGCUCUAAUGGACAGGUGGCAUACAGGCUUGGGCUACUGCUCACCUACAACCCGGACCUAACGAAGGACACUUUGUCCCUCACCAGCCCAAUCACCACCGGUUCUGUUUUUGCUAUUGAUAGCAAAACAGGCUGGAUCACCACAGUGACUCAAAUGGACCAUGAGGCCAGCUCGAGUUACAGCUUCGAAGUAGUGGCCUCUGAUCUGGCUGAGUCACAGCCUCUGUCCUCCACCACAGUGGUGACCAUCACCGUGUCGGACGUCAAUGACAAUCCACCGAGGUUCGAGAGGGAGUUCUACAGAGGCGCCGUGAAGGAGAGUGAUCCACUCGGUGAAGUUGUGGCUGUCCUGAAAACCACAGACCGAGAUGGUACUGACCAAAAUCGCCUCGUCAGCUUUUACAUAACAGGGGGAAAUCAGAGAGGAGUGUUUGGCCUUACUCUUGUGCAAGGGGAGUGGAAGGUUUAUGUCAGUGGUCUGCUGGAUCGUGAGCAACAGGACUGGUACUUGCUCAAUAUCACAGCCAGUGAUGGCCUCUAUGUUGCUCAUACUGCAGUGGAGGUAACGGUAAUGGAUGCCAAUGACAACAGUCCCAUCUGCAACCAGGCAGUGUACGGAGCCUCUUUCCCUGAGGACAUUCCCAUUAACAAGGGCAUUCUGACGGUUGGUGCAACAGAUGCUGACUCAGGUUCCAGUGCUGAGAUCCAGUAUUCACUAUUUGGCAUUGGAGUGGAAGAUUUCUAUAUGGAUGCCAACACUGGUGAAUUGCGAACCGCCACCGUAAUAGACAGAGAAACAACACCCUCCUACAAACUCAUUGCUCAGGCUACUGACGGGGGAGGGCUGUUCUGCCGAUCUGACAUUUCUCUAAAAGUGUUGGACGUGAAUGACAAUGCUCCCUCAUUUUCGACAACUCAUUACCUGGCGAGUGUGUAUGAGAAUGCCUCCCCCAAGGCUUUGCUUACUCGCCUGCAAGCCAAUGACCCUGAUGAAGGUCUGAACCGUACAGUUGUAUAUACUCUGGUGGAUUCAUUCGAUGGGAUAUUUUCCAUUGAUCCGGUUACUGGAAUAGUGAUCCUGGAGAAAUUCCUGGACAGAGAGAGCCGAGACUCGUAUCGUAUUCGUGUUCAGGCUACCGAUCGGGUUGGGCAACAGGGGGCACUGUCCUCACAGGUUGAUUUGACUAUCUUGGUCCUGGAUGUGAAUGACAAUGCUCCAGUUUUCCAGAGGAAAGAUUAUGCCGUUACUGUCCCUGAGGAUGUCGCCGUGGGAACCGAGGUUCUGCGCAUAUUGGCAACAAGCGCUGACAUUGGACCCAAUGCCGAGAUCACUUACAGCAUCAGAUCAGGCAACGAGUUGGGAAAGUUCAACAUAAACAGAAAACUGGGUUCAAUUACAGUGGCUGAUGACUUGGACUUUGAGGUAUGCAAGGACUACUACAUCACUGUAGAGGCUUGGGACAAUGGGAACCCUCCUCUUAGCACUGCUACAAUGAUUGUCAUCGAACUCAUGGAUGUCAACGACAAUGCUCCAAUGUUCGAUCAGGAUAUCUAUAAUGUUCUGAUCAGUGAGGAUGCAUCCAUAGGACAGACCGUUACAAGGGUGUUGGCAGAAGAUCUGGACAGCCAAGUAAAUGGGCGAAUUACCUACUCAAUUCUGAAAGGUGAUCGGACCAAUCACUUCUGGAUUGAUCCUGUGACUGGACUGCUUCAAGUUAAUAAGAGACUUGACAGAGAACUAGUAUCCAGGUACACUUUAUCUGUACAAGCAUUUGACAGCGGCUCUCCUGCCAUGUCCUCCACUGUCGCUGUUAACAUCGACAUCUCUGAUGUUAACGACAACCCUCCGGUCUUUACUCCUCCCAACUCCACAGCCAUCAUACAGCUCAACCAGGCUGCUGGCACCCCCAUUCUAACACUGUCAGUAAGUGAUAAAGACUCCCCUAGAAAUGGUGCCCCCUUUGUUUUUCGCAUAGUGGCAGGAAAUGAAGGUAGUUUCUUCCGUUUGGACAACACUGGAUCUCUAAAGUCCAACCGUGUGUUCGGUCCUGAAGCACCCAGAGAAUUCAUGCUUGAAAUUCAGGCAAGUGACUCGGGUAAACCGAGUCUUACUUCUUCUUCCUGGGUGUUUCUGAGAGUCAUCGGUAACAGUCAGUAUAAGCCCAUUGUCUCACCUCUGGAGAUCUACAUCGUCAUGUCAACGGAUACUUUUCCGGGUGGUCCGAUCGGCCGAAUCUAUGCCACAGACCGUGAUCCCAAUGAUGUCCUGUCUUUUACCCAUAAGCCUCAUCCAAAGAGCAUGUUUAAGAUCAACAGACAAGAUGGGAGUGUUGUUGCUCUGCCAGGCUUGGAACCUGGGAGAUACCAGAUGAAUGCAACAAUCAGUGAUGGACGAUUUGCUGUCAUAGCUGAUGUGUCAGUCCAGGUUGAACAGGUGACUGAUGUUUUGCUGCGUAGCUCCCUGACCUUGCGUUUCAGCUCCAUCUCAUGGGAGGAAUUACUUGGACGGUACCUGAAUCAGAUUAAAGUAACUUUACGAGCUAUAGCAGGCUGGAAAUGGUUACCAGGGCAGCAGGAUCCUCUUCACAUACUUGGUGUGCAGCCAGUUACAGGGACAUCCAAUAUCGAUUUGGUUCUGGCAUUAGAGAGACCAGAGACGUUAGGCACUGGACGGACGGAGGGGUUUUACUCCCAGCAGGAGUUGGCAGCAAAGCUGGAGGAAGCAGCAGCACGCGGUGAGAUGCGAGGUGCCCUUGCUGGAGCAGCUUUAAUCAGCGGCACCUGUUCUGGGAAGCUGGAUUGUGGAGACAUGGAGUGUAAAAACACGCUUGUGAUGGAGGGUGGUUUGCCUGUCACCUACAACACAGAAAGGAUCACCUUGGUGCUGCCCAGGUUUGGACGUACAGAGAGCUGCACCUGCUCAGGAGGGACGUGCCCAACCCCUGUAGAACUUUGUGAAGGUCAGUCCUGUCCAGACGAUAUGCGGUGUGUCCUUUCUGGUCCAACAGCACCAUCUGUCUGCCAGUGUCAGCCUGAGCGACUGGAUGAGUGUGCAGGUCAGACCUCUCUAAGUUUUUCUGGAAACAGCUACAUCAAGUACAGAGUGACAGAGAGGGUCCAGAGCGGAGAGAUGAGGCUUGGCCUCAGGGUUAGAACGCUUCAAACAAGAGGAGUCAUUAUGUUCACUCGUGUUAACCCUUGCACUAUGCUAAAGGUAAAUUUAAAAAAUGACUGCAAUUAUGCAGUUCUUUUAGACAGACCAAUAAAUGAUGGUCUGUGGCACUCAGUUGCUUUAGAGCUGACCAGAAACUACACCCUUCUUUCACUGGAUGAACUCGCUCCUGAUUCCUCGUUUUUCUUUGGGGCACAAGUGAGGCUGCUGAACGGGCCAGGUGAGAGACCUAUCUUUGGACUUGAGGAAAGCCUGGGAGGAGGGCCAGAAUUUGGAGAGCGUUCAGUGAGGGGCCCAGCGAGAGCCCAGGACGGCUUUCAAGGUUGCCUGGGGUCACUGAUGCUGAACGGUAACGAGCUGCCACUCCAAAAUAAGAGGAGCCGUUACGCCGAGAUAGCCGGGCUGAGUGAGGUCAAGCUGGGCUGUGUUCUUUAUCCAGAUCCGUGCAUCAGCCAACCGUGCCUUAAUGGAGCCUUCUGCAGCAGCCUGCCAUUUGAAGGCUUCAUGUGUAGUUGCAGCAGUGGAUUCACUGGGGGGCGCUGUGAAGUUGAACUAACAUCCUGCAUGCCAAACCCAUGCCAGAAUGGUGGAGAGUGCAAAGCUGUUGGCAAUGCAUUCCUCUGUGGCUGUCCGAGAGGACUCAGGGGACUUAUAUGUGAUGUGGAUGUAAAUGAGUGUGACCAGGACAACUGUGGAAACAGAGGAGAGUGUGUCAACACGUUCGGUUCGUUCUACUGCAACUGCUCAGAUGGAUAUGAGUUUUGCGAUGAUCAGGUCCCUGAAGACGACACAGAGGCUGAGCCGCUGUCUUAUGUUGGACCGGGGGAAAUAAUAGGCAUUGGAGUGCUUGCCUUUGUCAUCAUUUUUCUCCUCAUACUCUUCGUCGCCUUCAGGAAGAAAAUCAAAUUCCGGAAAGACUCCGACCCGGGUCCGGGAACCAUGGCUGCUUCGGGCAUCUCAGCUGUUUCCUCAGAAGCUAGCUACAUGCUACACAAGACUGGAAUGGGGGUUGAGGGGAUUGAGUUCAAAGCUGUGCGUGUGCCAGGCUCACCGGCUACCACGGCAACCUAUGGUGAGGUAGGAGGCUGCAGCGGAGGUCCUCCUCAGGUCAUGGUGCGUCCUACUGCCCACUCUAUCCUCCCGGGAACCGAGAGGACCACUUCCAGUGAAAGCAGUCAGAUGAGCAGCUUCCUCUCAGAUGUGUCUAAUGUCCGAGGUAUAGCAAAUAGGAGAGGAAUUGCAGUAUGUAGCGUGGCACCCAAUCUCCCCUCAGCAUCGGCCCGCCGCCCGGAGCACAGUCCAGCCCACAAAGUCUCAUGGGAGGGCAAGGAAACCAGAGAGAAAGUCCUGGACAGGCACAGAGACGAGAGGGAGGAGGAAUGGGGCCAGAGGGCUUUUGAGCUGGAGAGAACCCAGAGGGAUAACAGUCCGCAGGAGCUUGUGGAGGAGGACAUGGCGUGUCUCUCAGACUCCACCUCUGAUGAGCGCUCCCUCAGUUCCUACACCUCUGAGUCCAUUGAUGACAAUGCAUCCAUAGUCACAGUCAUACGUCUAGUCAAUGAUGCUGUUGAUGAUAUUGAAAGUGAAGUGUCACACAUGGACAAAGAACAGCAGUGGAACAGCCCGGUGAGGCACCACCUGCAGAACAAGGAUAGGAUUUGUGUAGAGUUCGUCAAAGAGUACACUGUGGAUUCAUACCGGUGGGAGACUUCCUUCCAGAGUUUGAGCUGGCUGUCACCGUCACGGCUGCAGCCGCCAGAGGUGGGAUACCAUUACAACCUCAGUGACGCCCAGCAGAACAUCAGACGUGGAGGCAGCACACGCUCCCUCCAGCUUGACUCCAGAAUGAUGAGCUGCAGCGGUGACAGAGGCCAUGAGUGGGGCCAGGAGAACAGGAGGAGGACCUUCCAGUGGGAGAGGAAUCAGUCUGGCGAGUGGGAAAGAAGACAAACUGUUCACAGAGAUGAAAAGAGGAGACACGAAGGGGAAGGGAAGAAGACGGAGAUGAGAAGCAGGGAUGUGGCGGAGCACCACAGAGAACAUCUGCAGCUGCAUGGCUGUGACAGUGUUGAAGACAGCUCCUCGCCUAUUUACGAGGAGUACAGAGAGGCCUGCCAUGAUCCAGAGCCAAAUGAUGACUCAGAGAGUCUCUAUGACACUCUACCGCCAACACGGCGAGCGUAUGAGGGAUACCCGUCGAGCCCACCGGGCCUCAACCUGCACCCGGCUCAACUCAUGCCCCCGUUGAGGGCCUGGGAUCUACAGGAGGAGGAAUGGAGGCGAUCAAGGGAGGAACAGGAAGGACUCAGCUCUGCCGGACUGAGCGGUUCUGGAGAUGAGCUAGAAAGACUUCUGAACCUGGUGUCGCUCAGAGCCAGGAGAGCCGCUCGGACGAAUAGAACCUCUACUGGAUCUGAGCCAACAGGAAGCUGGGAGGGGUGUAAAUGAACCACUAACCAGACUGUUUACAGAAUAUUUAAAGCAUUUAUUAAUCCUUUAUGAACAGCAGAGAGGCAGCGAUUCUCCCUGACUUUACUUUGUAUUUAUAGUACAACACCUCUGCUGCAGCAUCUAAAAAUAAUUGUACAGGAAUAUUUUUAAAAAAGACACAUAUGUGUCUGUUAUGCUUAUCCUGGUGUAAACAAGCACUAAUCCACCACCAAUCCCCUGGAUCUUUGAUAAGCUGCAGGAAUCAGAGGAAAUUCAUGUGUUCUCUCAACGCCUUCACCUGUGCCGCGUGAGAAUCGUCCGCGAUUGGCUGUGAAUCAAAGCCGUUACAUUUAUUAUUUAGAGCCACUGAAGCACUGCAUUCAUCUGUUUCUCUGUUGUUGUUUGGGGUGUGGGGAUGAUACCAACGUACGUCUAUGUGUUGUGUGCUUCGUACAUUGUAUUUUUUCAAACAUGCAAGCACACGCACACUAUCGCUGUGUGAACUCAGCCUCACAUUUCUUAGAGCUUUUAUUGUUUUCACUGGCACAUGCUUGAGGUUGUUUGGGAGAGAUCUUUUCACCCACGUCCUACUACACACAGCCUGAGCUGAGCUAUUAAGAUUACCAAUGCUGAUACCUGGGGGAAUUUUUCCUUAAUCAUUCAAUUAUUCUAUGAAUAUUUAUUUGAUAACUACUCAUUUGUGAGAGCCUCUUUCAUGAACACACAUCAUGGAUGUUAUGCAUUUUAAAUUUUUGUCAACAGUUGUGGUUUUCUUUUUUUCCUUUGCUUUAAAUUUAUAUGUGAA